AUGCAUCUUCCUUCACUGCUUGUUGUGCUUGGCGUCUGUAGUGCCAUCGCUGCGCCCUUGGAACAACAACAGCCGCUGGCCGGGAAUGUUCAACACCAUGCCGGACCACAUAAAGUCGUCAACCCAUAUAAACCUGGUGUCAAGGACCCCUAUGACCGGAAGGUUGAUCCUCAGGGGGAUAAACUGCAGCCAUUACCAUACCGAAACGGCGACGGUGCAAGCGUACUAGGUCCUCGUAACAGAGCUCGUGAACGACAGAACCCCGAUCUCAUCCGUCCGCCUAGCACCGACCAUGGUGCCAUUCCAAACAUGCGCUGGUCGUUUGCCGACUCCCAUAUUCGUAUUGAAGAGGGAGGCUGGACCCGUGAGACUACCAUCCGUGAGCUAGGCGCCAGCAAGGAACUAGCCGGUGUCAAUAUGCGUCUCGAUGAGGGUGUCAUUCGUGAGCUCCAUUGGCAUAAGGAGGCUGAGUGGGCCUACGUUCUUGAGGGCAAGGUCCGCAUCACCGCUCUAGAUACGGAGGGUGGCAGCUUCGUCGACGACUUGGAAAAGGGUGAUUUGUGGUACUUCCCCUCUGGACAUCCUCACUCCCUACAAGGUCUCAGUCCCAACGGCACAGAAUUUCUGCUCAUCUUCGAUGACGGCAACUUCUCUGAAGACUCUACCUUUUUGCUGACCGACUGGAUGAGACUGACGCCCAAGUCCGUCCUGGGUGAGAACUUCCGUGUUGCUCCCGAGGUUUUCAAGGCCAUCCCGGACAAGGAAAAGUACAUCUUCAAAGGCUCGGAGCCUGGCUCCAUCGACAGCGAGGUUCCUAGCGGUGGCAAGGGCUACAAGAAGUCAAAGUUGCAGUUUACACACAAGAUGCUUGCUCAGGAGCCGGUAAACACGACCGGUGGCCAGGUUCGCAUUACUGAUUCCACAAACUUUCCCAUCUCAAAGACGGUCGCUGCAGCGCACUUGCGCAUCCAACCUGGCGCAAUUCGCGAGAUGCAUUGGCACCCCAACGCAGACGAAUGGUCCUUCUUCAUCGCAGGUCGAGCUCGCGUUACAAUCUUCGCGGCCAAGGGCACAGCGCGUACCUUUGACUUCCAAGCCGGCGACGUGGGUGUCAUACCCCGCAACAUGGGCCACUUCAUCGAGAACCUAUCUGAUGACGAAGAUGUCGAGGUCUUGGAAAUCUUCCGCACGGACAAGUAUCAGGACUUUAGCUUAUUCCAGUGGCUUGGCGAGACGCCGCAGAGGCUGGUCAAGGAACACUUGUUCGCGAGUAGUCCGAAGGAGGCAGAGGAGUUUGAGAGGGCCAUUAGGGAUGCGGAGCGCGAUCCGAUCAAGGAUACGGAGGUUGGUGAGGAAGAUGACAAGGCGGAGUUGUAAGGAAUCGUAGAGGAUUGGAGGUUGAAGAUUGACGGGAAGGAAUGAAUAAACGAACGUCUGUUAUCAAUGCUAGCAACGACUCAUCUAACUCGAUACAUUUACUAGCA